AUCGUGAAUGAUUGUCUAAUAUUUCGCUGUGGGUAUACACCUUAUUUCAGUAUUUUUGUAGAUAUAAUUAAGGUAUGCAGGAUAAGUUCUAGCGAAACAGUGAAGUUGUUAUUAGUGAAAAUAAUCUACCUGAUUCUGAAAUCGCAAUAUCUAAAUAAAAUGGGAAGAAAGAACGUCUUAGAUGUCCCGGGUCGCUGUUUCAGCAUAUUGCUUCUAUAUUUGAUCACAAAUGCUACUAGUGUUUUCUAUGGGGAUGCCGUGGAAUCACAACUUUGUGGCACGUCCGAUGUUUCCUUCCUUCGCCAUGAAACAAAUUGUUCCAAAUAUUAUGCAUGCACUAACGGAAGAGCGUUAAUGAUGGAGUGUCCAAGCGGAUUGUAUUUUGAUAUCAAGUACAAUGUUUGCAAUUGGAACGAUUUGGUUGAGUGUUCACCUAUGACCACAAAAACAACAACCGCUGAAUACACAACACCAAUUUCGACGACUGAAGCUACUUCACCGACUACUACUCAGAGGACACUGGAGGAGUAUGCUACAAGUUCCCUUAUAGAAACAACCACUAUUGGAUUUUCGGAUGAGAUUAAAUGUCUGAACAGUGAGUUUUCAACAUGUCAUCGGCAUCCAACAGAUUGCAAAAAAUUCUAUAAUUGCGAAGAUGGCCAAGCGUUUAUUUAUAGUUGUGGUGAAGAAAUGUACUUCAAUGAAGAGGGUUGUUAUUGUGAUAGCAUAUCGCAUAAGUAUUGUUAAAUUAUUUUACAGUAAUUAAUAAGCAUUUUUUUAAGCCAAAGAAUUAUUAUCAAAAAAACUGUAAGUUUGUUGGUUAUCAACCGUAGUAUUGUUCGUUUAUUGUAUAACUUUCCUAUAUUUAUUUUAGUAAGAUAUUGGUAAACGGGUAGGUUGCCGCAUUAGAGGUGAACGGAGAUGUGCUUGGUUCUCCGGACUAGUAUCCGAGACUAGCGAACCGGGAUAGACCCAUCUAUCCCGUUAUUGAGCAGUCGCCUGAGGUGUCGGACCGGAGGCAAAGUGCUGAAACUAAUUAAGGUAGCCUACGUGUAGACCAAACGCCAUUCACCCCUAAAACUAAGGGUAUCCGCAACCGAUCCCAUUCCCAACAUGUGGGUAAACGCACCGGUCCCUGCUAUCUGGGGUCUCAAGCAAAAUGGCGGGUCAUUGGUAGAUGUAGUUAAUACUUAAGCUAAUAAUAUAUAUAAUAUUUUUAUACUGUUUAUUCAUACUUUGUAAUGUGUCCCAAUAAAAUACGACAAAUGAAACUCGAAA